CAAUUAUACGCUGUCGUAAGGUGGAGGAUGAGCAUCUCAGCCUUAUAAGUAAACAGUUGCCUCCUUGUAGGGUUUUAUAUUCCAUAACGCCUUCCCCAAAUUAUUCAGUCUUUCUCUCUCUAGGGUCUACAGUUGUUCUCUUCUCUGAGCGAAAAUGGAUCUAACAAAGAAACGCAAAGCUGAUGAGAACGGCGGUGCUUAUCCCGUAUCCAACGAACUCGUCACAACUGCCGCCGCGCCGCCGGCACUUGCUGUUCUUUCUCCGGAAGACAUCGACAAAAUUCUUGAAACAUUCACCAAAGACCAGUGCGUUUCAAUUCUCCGUAACGCCGCCCUACGCUAUGCUGAUGUUCUCGAAGGUCUACGUGCUGUCGCUGACGCCGACGUAUCUAACCGCAAGCUCUUCGUUCGUGGUCUUGGUUGGGAGACCACCACCGACAAACUCCGACAGGUUUUUUCUGAGUUUGGAGAACUCGAUGAGGCUGUAGUUAUAACUGAUAAGGCGUCUUCCAGAUCUAAAGGGUAUGGUUUUGUAACUUUCAAGCACGUUGAUGCUGCUAUUCUUUCUUUAAAGGUGCCCAACAAGAUAAUUGAUGGCCGUGUUACCGUCACACAGCUUGCUGCUGCGGGUAAUUCUGGGAAUUCUCAGUCUUCUGAUGUUGCGCUUAGGAAGAUCUAUGUUGGUAAUGUUCCAUUUGAAAUUUCGUCUGAGAAGCUUUUGAAUCACUUUUCUAUGUAUGGAGAGAUUGAAGAGGGGCCUUUGGGAUUUGAUAAACAAACUGGAAAAGCUAAAGGUUUUGCUUUUUUUGUCUACAAGACUGAGGACGGAGCUAGGGCAUCUUUAGUUGAUCCCGUGAAGACAGUAGAAGGACAUCAGGUCUUGUGUAAAUUGGCAACAGAUAAUAAGAAGGGGAAGCCCCAGAAUAUGGGGCAUGGGGGUGCCCCUGGAAUGAAUGCUGGACCUGGAGGAAUGCCUGGUGAUGAUAGGGUUGGAUCCAUGCCCGGUUCAAAUUAUGGUGUUCCUGUUAGCGGAUUGGGUCCAUAUUCAGGGUUUUCAGGUGGGCCUGGUCCAGGAAUGCAGCAGCCACCACCUCAGCCUGGCAUGGUGGCACAUCAGAAUCCACAUCUGAAUUCAGCUAUUGGCGGGCCUGGAUAUGGAAAUCAAGGACCGGGAUCCUUUACAGGUGGUGCUGGUGGAUAUGCUGGCGCUGGUGGAUAUGCUGGGGCUGGUGGGUAUGGUGGUAGUUCUGGGGAUUACAGUGGGUACAGGAUGCCUCAAAGCUCUGCUGGAAUGCCUAGUUCAGGAGGUUAUCCAGAUGGUGGUAAUUAUGGUUUACAGUCUUCUUAUCCCUCACAGGUACCACAACCAGGAGCUGGGUCAAGGGUUCCACCAGGUGGGAUGUACCAGGGCAUGCCUCCAUACUACUGAGGUGUCUUGAGAGCUUCUUGGAUGCAACGUGCUUUAAAUGGUUGUGGUGAUUUCCUGAUUGCAGACUCUGAAAUCUUUGGUUACAUGGACUGCUGUACAUCUGUUGCUGCUUCACCUAUCUGCUCUUAUGUGUGGCUGUUAGUUGAUACUUGCUAGUAUUAAGUUAGUAUGUAGGUUCUUCAAAAAUUGCUGUAUCUUUUGAUGAGCGUAUUGAGGAUUGAUGUCAGUUUUGUUAUCUUAUAUUUUACCCGUACUUCCUGUUUCUUAUAUGUUCCCUAUCUGAUGAAUGUGACAUUUUAGAUCUUCUAUCAUAUUAUGUUCAGCCAUUAUUGGCUUAACUUCUUGUAUGUGGAUUACAAGGCAUCUUUAUGAUGUUGUCAGAUACUGCUGAUUUGAAACAAAUUAUUCGAUGCAAACAAAAUUUUUGUAUAUUGUUUUAAUUAGAGUUAUGUUUUAAACUAAAUAAAAGCAGUACUAGUGCUUAAAUGAAUAAAUAUCUGGAGUGUUGAUGGGAAGAUGGGAAAACACAAAUGUGUGGUAGUAGGAUCCAAAUUUGCACUGUUUGUUUGCAUUUCUAGCUGUCUCAAUUGCUGGUGAAAAAACGGGCCUUUAUUUUUUCUGUUGGUCACUGAUUUGAACUAAAUUAUCUUGACACAAUUGUAUUAUGUGUAUUAAUUUUUACAAUUUUCUGUAUAUAUGGUUUGUGAAGGCUGGAAACUCGCAAAUGCUAUGUCUUAGCAAGAACCAAAAUCUAUGCUGUCUGCCAUUUUGCUUGCAUUUUGUAUACCUCUCAAUAACCAGUGGUGUUUCUAUCACAUCUCAAAAGCAGAAAAGAAAAUGAAAACUCUAGCUAGCUGUUCCUUUAACAUCCAUCAUUUUGGAAUUAUUGGUACAUAUUCCCUAAAAGGCAUACAUCUCCUGAUUUCUUUGUUUGCUUUUUGUUGACGGACUUGGGGAGGGAGAUGGGUAUGAGGCCAGUUGGUCAACAAACACAUGAUGCAAGUGGGGGUGGGGAUGGUUUGUUUCAGCUGAAUCAUGUUUACCGCACUAUCUGUUUCCAGGAUUCGUAGAUUUUGUAAGUUGAACCUAAUAUGAUGUUUGUUUCUAGCUCUGUCCAUGCUCCAACACAUUGCUAUUUGGCAUAGUGAUCUGUUUGACAUGUGCUUUUGUCAUUUUUUGUUCUCACCUUGUUUCUCAAGCGUAUUGAAGCUGUUGCAGCUUAUUGGUGAUUCGUGUUCAUAGAUUUGGCUGUAUUUGAUGUCUUUUAUUGCCUUAAAUUUGUGUAUGGACUAUAAGAAAAUGAUUGCUUGUUGGAAAUUAAGAUUGAUAUCAAUCCAUGCUAUGGUUUGUGAUCUAUUCUGCUUGGCGCAAGGCAUAAAAUUAGUCUAUUGUGAUUUCAACAGACUAUUUAAACAAGUUCUUAGUUUCAUUUUCAUUGGUGAUUGAUAAUUGUUACUGGAAAUUGUAUUAAGAUUUAACUUGCCGCCAAAAGGAUCAUGGAACGCAAGUAGACAAUAAAUCAAGGAUUAUGGAACUUAAGUACUUUUACCAAUUUGGAUCUGAAUGUGUAAAAACAAACUUCUCAUCUGAUUCCCCGUGCAAAAAGAUUAGACUUUUUUUGAAUUUAAUUGUAUAUUUCUUUAGCCACCAAAGUUAGUUGCCAUGAAAAUCCUGAACAAGUCCUAUAUGUCAUAUUGCAUGUUUUUUUUUUGUAUCUUAGCCAACUUGAGUUCCUGAGCAUCCUACAGGGUGUGGAAUUGUAUUUUCUCCAUAACAAAAUUCUUUUCCUUGUUUCCUGGUUGGUCUGUACUCUAUUGCUGAGGGCUGAUGAUAUGAUGUGGUGUGGAGUGAAAGCUAUAUUGCUGAGGUGUGAUGGCAUGAACUGCGAAUUUGGUGAAGAUCAAGGUCCCAGUUGAUCCGGAAAUGCUCAAGGUUGGAGGGGAGACCUUGCACGGAGGCCUUAAAAGAAGAAAUUUGUAAUAGUUGUUUAGUUAGAUAGAUUGUUGUACGCUUUCAGUAAUAAGAAUAAAACAUCAAAAAGUUAAAUCUUUGUGAAAUUCAGCUCAAUGCAUUCAGAAGUGCUGAUUGGUUAUUCCACUUGUAUGGCACUAAAAAGAAAUUAACGUUAAAGGCACAAAACAGUUUG